AUGAGUCAUAGAGUACAACUUCUUUUGGGUGCAUACCAUAUGACAUUUCCUUUGAAAAGUGUUGACAAAACGAUUGAGAUGAAAUCUGUUCCAUACGUAUGUUAUGGUAAUUGUUUAUACAUUGAGUCUAAAAUAGCUAAUGUCACAGGCAUUUCAGGAGUUAAUAGUAAAGGUUCAGUAGAAUAUAAAUCCUUCUGUUAUGCAGUCAAUUCAAUGUUCAUUCCAAACGUUCCUGUCAUAGCAACUCAUUUAGGUAAAUGGGUUCGCAUUAGUCCUCAUAAUUUGAAAGACAUGCAAUUCAGACUUGUUGACUUUCAAGGAGAGCCUGUAGAACUGAAGGCACCAGUGCGAAUGACUGUUGAAGUUGACUUUUUAGAAAAUAUUAAAUGCGACGGCUUACAAGAGAACUCAGAGCUAAAAAUAUAA